GAUUUUGGGCCCCCAAAUCACCUCACGGAGACCCUAGCCCACGUUUGCCAAAGUGACAAUGUUUACCACCAAUACACCCGAGACUAUGGCCAUUUGCGACUCGUCUCGGCCCUUGCAGGUCUGUAUUCCCGAUUUGUGGGCCGUGAAAUCGACCCAAUGGAUGAAAUUUUGACAACUGUGGGUGCCCAUGAGGCCCUUUUUGUCUCCAUCCAUGGCCAUGUUGAUGUAGGUGAUGAGGUUGUGAUUUUUGAGCCCUUUUUGCCUUGUUAUAAAAAUUUGGUUGAGAUGGUAGGGGGCGUGGUUAGGUUUGUGACCUUGACUUUGGAUUCGGGAAAAUGGAUUUUUGAUUUGGUGAAACUUGAAAGUUGUUUCAAUAAAAACACCAAAAUUGUGAUUUUGAACAAUCCGAAUGAAUAUUUUGGUAAAGUUUUCACAACUAAGGAGUUGGAAUUUUUGGCAUUUUUGUGCCAUAUUUUUUAAAUUUAAAUUUGUUUCCCUCGUUGGCUCCGAAAAAAAAAUUAGAAAUUAAAAAUCGUUUUAAUGAUAAAAAACACAAACUAUAUUUUUAAAUUUAAAUUUGUUUCCUUGAUCGGCUUAAAAAAAUGGCAAUUUCAAAAAACAAGGAAUAAAAAAUCAAAAUUCAACUUUUCGAGUUAGAC